GCUCAGCUGUCUUGGUUUUGACAAUUUCUACAGUGUCCAGCGCAUUUUGUUUACAAACAAUUUUAUUAUUGAUAAUUUAUAAAAAUGGCGGACUAUUGGAAGUCGAAUGAGCGUAAAUACUGCGACUUUUGCAAAUGCUGGAUAAGCGACAAUAAAGCGAGCAUUGCUUUCCACGAAAGUGGGAAGCGACACAAAAUGAACGUCGCCAAGCGCAUUACGGACAUUAGUCGGAAUAGCGAGAAGGCCGAAAGGGAGAAGCAGAAGAUGGAUGCAGAGAUCCGAAAAAUGGAGGAAGCGGCAAUGCGUUCAUAUGCGCAGGAUAUACAUGCAAGCGGAGAUUUUACAGCGCGAAGCAUAAACGCCGUGCUGGAUGCAAGCGUGGGCACUGUGACCGCUUCUACAUCAACAUCAGCUAAGGUCCGAGCAAAACAAGUGGAUCCCGUAAGACUUCCCGGCAAUUCUGAUGACGAAGACGAUGAGGGAAGAACUGUUAGGGUACAAAAAGUGUUGCCGGAGAGUGUACCGAAUGCAUCGCUUUGGGUUGAGGGUAUUUCUGAUGAGGGAUAUACAUACUAUUGGAAUGUGAAAACAAACGAAUCCGUAUGGGAAGCACCUAAAGAAGGCUAUCUCUCCUAUGCCGAGUAUCAGCGUAUAAAUGAAUUGGCUGUGAAAAAGCAAGAAUUGGAAGAUGCAAGUGAGGCGAAAAAGUUUCGGGAGAAUGUUAAUGAGGAAGUUGCCCGUUAUAAUCGAGAACGUUUGAAAAUGUUCAGAAAGCCAGAAACUCCACAAGAAGCUCAAAAGCGACGUGAAGAAAAACAGGCUUAUAAAACAGAGGAGGAAGCCAGCGCUCAAACGAUUGGUGAAUGGCAAGUGGUGGAACAAAAGCCACCUCCUGUACCUAUAGAUUUGGAGCUACCCAAAGUAGAUAACUUUUAUAUUCCACCGGUGGUGUCCAAUGUACCAUCGGAGCCACCAGUAAAGCGCUUCAAAGAGAAGGUCAUUGAAACUUUGGAUCCAACAACUGUAAAUGACGUGCCAACUUCUUUCAAAAAACGAAAAUUCGCGGCAAAAGCCAACCAACGUCAACGGCUCGACGUCGAUUAACUCUUCCUUAUUUUUAUUUUAAUUACAAUCCAUUAGUUUGUUUUAAUUAAUUAAGAAAUAUAAAAUUCUAUUGACUUGUAUCCGUAAAUUGUGUGUCGAACAUGCAUUUCGACGUCAAAUAAUCUAACUGUAGGCGUAAUUGUUUACCGAUUAUUAAAAUCAACAUAUGCAACACA